AUGGCUGCUGCAGCUGCCCCAGACGCCGCGGCCGGCUCGCGGGCCCAGGCCGCGGACGGGACACAGAUCCCUAGCAGCGUGGACGAAGCCGACUACGCCGCCAAGCUAGAACGGCUGGGACGGGGGAAGGGGCCAGAUGCGUGCCUGAGCAAGACUGCGCCCAGCUUCGAGCUGCUGCGCAGCGAGGGUUAUAGAGCUUCCCGCCGCAAGCUCCAGGUCUUCGAGAGGCGCUGCCGUAAGAGAGGUCUCAACGCCGUCAGCGAGGGCGCCCAUUUGAUCAUGAACUCGUUGCAGGGUGAAGCAACAAAGGCUACGGAAGACAUCGACCUGGACAUGUUUGAGACAGAAGAUGCGUUCCAGCCUAUCAUCAAGGUCCUGGACGCGCACUACAAGUACGAUAAUCAGACCGAGCUGCCGGCCAGAACCGACACCUUAUUCGGCAAGUUCGCGCGACAGGAGAAAGAGACGCUGAAGCUGUAUUGCUUACGCCACCAGCGAGAGCUGCGCAAGCUGAAGGAGGUCGGAAUGGAGAUUCCUGAUGCGUUGGCUGGCCGGCACCUCUUCAAUCGAGCCGCGAUACCACCGAACGGAGCCACCCAGGUGUGCAGCCAGUGCGGAGACGGUCUCAGCUGGCUGAUUCGCAAGGUUCUGCUCGACACGUACGGAGCGGAGCCUACGCCUGACAAGCGCGACGUGAAGAGGACCGAGCGGAUGCUCACAGGAAGCAGCGCCACCGCGGACGCGAACUACACGAACGACUACGAGUGGGAGAGAGGUCUCGCCCACGAGGACUCGUACCUGGGCGAGGACGGCUACGUUGAAGAGGAGGACGACUACGACCACUACUACGAGGAUGACGACGGCUACGGGCACGAGCAGGACGACGCCGACGGGGCUGUGGACGCGCCGCCAGAAAUCGAGGAAGCGCAGGUUGCCUGCGACGAGGCGUACGUCAGCUUCAUCGAGAGCAAGAAGCGCGUGGCCGAGAUCGCCAAGCCCCGAGGCUUUUACCCGAUCGUCGCCCUGGCCCCUGACAACAACCUCACGCGCGAGCCGCGGUCGACGCCCAAGGGCAGCGGCAGAGGCAAGGGCAAAGGAUCUCGAGAUGCCAAUACCAUCGAGGAGGUGAACUUGGUCACGGUCGGCCCGGGCAUCAGCGAUGGAGGAGCUACCCGACCCGUCAUGGGCGAUCAGAAUUGGCGACAGCGGGAGGAGCACCUGCGAGCCAAGCAGCUCAUCCACGACGUGAAGUACGAGAACAACGACCGCAGGUUCAGGUUCGGCGACGGCAAGACGCUAGAUGCCAAGCAGAAAGUCACGCUCACCGUCUGGCCCUUCGGCGUGAGGAAAGAGAUCACCAUCCACCUGGCGCCUGGGUGGACACCGCUCCUCAUCGCGAGGCCAUGCACGGAAGAGCGGGGGCCGGUCCAGGGCUAUCGCGAGGGCCAGUUUAUGCUGGAGGAACACCCCGAAAAAGGCUGGGCGACCUCCGAGCGCGACGAGAAGGGACACUUCAUUAUCGACCUGUUAGGCUGCGCCGGCAACGCGCCCGACGACGUCACGAACAUGGGCAUUCCGACGGAGGGCGAGGGCAGCAACACCAGCGACGAAUCGCCCGAUCGCGCUGCGAGCGCUUCGGGACCUGAGCACGACGCCACGGACUCGGACAUCGGAGACACCGACGCGUACUACCUGGAGACGCACGCGGCGUUCCUGGCCCCAGGUUGGGACUUCUCGAAGCCGCGCAUCAUUCGGCAGCUUCUGGAGGGCAUCGACGGGGAGAAACCAAACGACAUCUUCUUCGCCCCGCCGUUCACCAACUGGCGUUCGCGGCAGCACGCGAACGCGCCCCUCCCGGAGGAGCGCAAGGAGGCGAUCGCCCCGGCAAGGGAGCGCGAGGAAGCCACCCUCCUGAAGAUGGCGAAACAGGCCCGGAACUACCCAGUAAGGAUGGCGAAGCGCAUGGCCUAUCUGAUCGCGCAUCAGGGACGAGAGGAAGACAUUGAGAAGAUCCACACCACAGAGGAAGUCGGACCCGACUUCGACUUGGGCGAAUAUAUCGACGCCAUGCGGGGGGGGCUCACGAAGCGCUAUAACGUAUCCACCGUGCGGGCCGUCAAGCGCGCACACAUCAGCCUGGGGCAUCCUUCCAACGCCGCGCUAGCCACCGCCAUGCAGAACACGAAGGCCCCAGCUGAGUGGAUCCAGUGCGCUCGGGUAUUCCAGUGCGAGAUUUGCAUGAAGCGCCAGAGGCCACGCUCAGUCCGUGUAGCGGUCCAUCCCAAAGCCAAGCGCUUCAACCAGGUGGAAUGCACGGACGUGUACUACAUCAUGUGGAAGAAGAAGGAACGAAAAAUUCUAGCCAUCAUGGACGAGUUCUCAAGGUACGAGGCUGACUACCCGAUCAAAAAGAAGACGUUCAGGCGCGAAACGAAGCUGUGGGGAAAGUUGUGGAUCAGCUGGGCAGGAAAACCCGACUGCAUGCGCAUGGGCGCUGGAGGAUCGCACACGGCAGCCAAGACGCAGAAGUGGAUGAGCGAGCGCAACAUCGAGUUCGACAUCACCCCCAAGGGUGCUCACCAUAAGCUGGCAGAGGGACGUUUAACAUCCAGGAGCCACCGCCGGCACCUGUCGACGCCCAUGCGGAAGCACCAGCUGCGGCCGCGCCGGCAAGUGAGCCGACCCGGGCCUACCAAACGCAGCGUGGAGGCGAACGACCGUUUGGACGGGUUGCCGAAUAAGAAGGCGCGGCUCACCUGGAAGACGUUAGAGGCCAAGGCCGAGGACGCGAAGAUCAUGGAGGACGACGAUGAAGAGUUGCUCUUGGUGGAAGAGUCGGCCAAGACCGCGUUUAUGGUCACGCACAAGCGGAAGGUCUUCAAUAAGAACGAGGGGUGGGAGUCCCCUAACGAGUCCGCGGUCGACCCAGCCGCCUGCUGCCCGCUACGGGUCCUGCCGAAGUGGAAGCUGAAGGAUGGCAAGCACGUUGCCAACGCGAGAGUCCUGUACCAGGGCUUCAAGCAUCGCGACGUGGUCGAGGGGCAGCUCGACAAGGAGACGCCGACCCUGAGCCGCCUCGGCCGACACACCAUCAUGCUGUGGCCAUGCUUCGGAGACCCGCGGUCGCCCAAGCUGCGGCACUACCGCUCCGACGAAGUCACCAAGGAGAUCGGGUUCAAGAAUCAUUGGCUCGAGGACUGCCUGUUACUCAGCCUGAGGAUCGCGAAGGCCAGUGAUGACCCGUUCGACAUCUGCGUGAUCGACGGCCAGAACAACGCGGUGGACGGCCUGAUCGGGAAGCACGUGGACGACUUCUUGGGACGCGGAGAGAAUAUGAAUACGGAGGACGAUCUGCACACGCCCGUGGACGACCCCGAGUCGUUCAAGGCCAGGCUUGCUGUACUUAACCAGAAAUUCAAUUUCGGCAAGUGGGACUUCGGGCUUGAGCUUACGUUUACGGGUGGCGAGCUGGAGCAGACCGUCAACACCUACGCGACCACGCUGGUUUUCGAGAAGUACUUGCACGCGGUCAAACCGAUCACCAUCGACAAGGGCAUCAUUAUUGCAGCCGCCAGCGUGUCGUUUCGUGCUGCUGCGACGGGCAACGCCACCGUGCAGGACAUGAUCGACGCGAACAAGGACCUGCGAUCCCUGAAGGCCAAUGCGGACGUCGGGCUGUACUUCAGUUUCGACAAGCCAUGGAGCGCUACAGGGGAUUGGAGCUUACUCGGCUCAGGCCGUCGCGGUAGGCGUGGACUCGCUCAUGUGGGUGAAGAUCUACGCGACGCUCAGCUCGACCUGACCGGCGACGAGGCCACGACGUACUUCGGCCAGUCCCCUCCCAUCACGGACGCCAUGUGUCUCUACGACGCCUCGCGGGCAUUUACCGCGGGAUUGGGCAUCACCGAGAAGCGUACCGCCAUCGAAGUCGGGAUCGUGAACGAACAGAUGAAGGAGAUUGACGCGGUCUGGAGGUGGGUCAACACUCAGCAACAGCUGGCCAAUGGGCUUACCAAGCUCAGCAGUCGCCAGACGCUAGCGGACACACUACGACGCGGAGUGCACGCGCUGAAGUACGACCCGAACUUCGUGGCGGGGAAGAGGCUAAGCAAAAGGCAGGUGGAGCUGCGCGAGAAACAGCUGGAGCAAGCCGGCGACGAGCUUGCGGGCAACACCGAAACUACGGAACACCCGAAGCAACGAGCGCGCCGUGGACACUACGGAGCGAGCGGGAGGAGGCUGGCAGCUACUCUAGCUGCAGGCGCCGCUUCAGGGAGCCAGGGACGCGAUAUGCGCACCCCGGUGGAUCUGGACGGUGGCGCGUGGGACCUCCUGACGUUUCUCGUGUUUGUGAUCGUGUUAUCGCUGGGCAUCGGGCCGGCGAUCGGCUAUUGCAUGGGGAGAAAGGUUGGCGCAACGCUGGCCCACCGGAAGAUGGAGAGCCCCAUGGACACGGCACUGCAACAACGAGACGGGAACGAGCAGUGGGACGACGAAGACGACUAUGAGGUCUACCAUCCCCGGAGAUGUGCCGACGCAUGGACCGACGGUGACGUCCGCAACCCGAAGGCGCCCAGUUACGACGGCCAAGCAGCCGACGUGCACAUCAGCACGUACGGCGAGAGAUACGAGUUGACGAGCACGUGCGCGGGGUUGCGGGGCGCGAAGAGCGCGACGCGGUACGAGCUUUGCAGGUUCUACAACGAGGAUGGGCCGCCCAUGAGCGGCAA